CAGAGCAAUAACAUCACGAAACGCACCGAUACACAGAUUCAUUUUAAUGUGGCCACCACACCGAAGCAGUUUACUAUUCAAAUCAGUGCAGUUGUGAUCAACCAAGAUGAUGAACCAAGAAGUCACACAUCUGCUGUCACCCCCCAGCACGCCCCCCUUAAAGAAUAUGUCCGACGAAGAAUUGACUCUUCAGGAAGUGCGGACGAUUCUCGAGAGGAAGCGUGCAUCCCCAAUCCUCCUGACGCCCCAACCCUCAGACUCCGAAAGCGAAGAAAUAGAAUACCCUCCUAAGAAGCGCUUCUGCAGGAAUGAGACCGAGUUGGCCCGCCACCUCCUCAGCAAUACGCCGCCCCCAGAACAACCCCGCACCUUCUCCGUCAUAAUGCAUGCCAACAAGGACGGUUCCUGCACCCGCAGCCCCGUCCCAGUCGAGCCCAUUUUCAACAUCGUCAAAAGCCUCAAAUUUAAAAUGGGCACUCGCAAGGAGGAGAUCUUCGUGAACAGCAAAGACACCGGCAAAGAACCGCCGAAGCCGCCUCAAGUCGCUCCUCAGUCUCCCCCGCAGUCGCCGCCACCCAAAAUCAUCCUGCCCGCCAUCGCCCCCAAGUUCCCUGCCCCACAUCAACCGCACACGUUCUUCGUGGCCGCGGACGGCAGCACGACUCUCAUCCCCACGCAGCUGUUCCUGUUGGCGCCGCCACCGACGCAGCAGCCGCCGCCUCCGGCUCGCCGCAGGGUAUACGAAUGCACUUUCAAAGGUUGCAAUAAGAAUUACUUCAAGUCGUCGCAUCUCAAGGCCCACAGUAGGAAACACACUGGGGAGAAACCCUACAAGUGCGAGUGGCAGGACUGUGGACGGAGGUUCUCGCGUUCGGACGAGUUGUCGAGGCAUAAAAGGACUCAUACGGGGGAGAAGAAGUUCAAGUGUAGUGUUUGCCAGAGGAGUUUUAUGAGGUCGGACCAUUUGGCUAAACACGUCAAGAGGCACACCAAAGAAAGAUCCGGGGUUCAGACGCAGAGGAUCAAUCUUGUACCUGCGUUGUUGCGACCUCUGCAACCAGCGCCUGUGGGGGUUGCUGGCUGACCUGUUUCUCUCGAUUAAAGCUCUCAUCACAAAUUUUAUGUUUGCCCUAAUUUAAUGCCGAUCAGAAAGAUCUUGUUUAUGUUUAGAAUAUGUAUCCAAUCGACUGAUUUUAUCACUACUGUACAUACAUUCCAUUUCAUCAUCAUGUCGAUCGUCAAUUUGAGUAGAUACAUUACAAUGUUAUCUGUGAUUUUUUAUAUUAUUUAUUUUAGAAUAGUUAACACUAACUGUAUUACAUCUCACGUAUUAUGUACCAACGUUAUAUUUUUAAGAAUUCAAAAUAUCUUCGGAAAAAAUAAAUUUUCUAAUAACACUACAA